AUGGGUAUCGAAGAGAAUAUUGAGGAUUCACUCGCUUCAGAGUCAUUCCAAGCACCUUCAUAUAUGCAACAAGCUCAAUUCCAACAACCAAACCAAGAUCAACAACAACAACUACAACAACAACAACAAAAUGGUCAACAAUAUGGUCAACAACAACAACAAUUAUUAAAUGGUGUUGAUGAUAUGGAUAUUCCUUAUUAUAUCCCAGGUCAACAGCAUGAUCAGCAACAACAACAACAACAGUUGCAACAAUAUCAACAACAAUUUAUUGAACAGAAUGGACCGCCCCAGGGCGUCAGUCUCGGCCAAUCACCACCCCACCACGCCCCAUUGGCCGGAAUGAUGCCAAUGUCUCCACAACAACAGGGCAUGAUCAUCUAUCCCAAUAUACCAAAUAUACCAAUGCAGGGCGUUGUUGGCAGCCAGUCGCCACCACCCAUGGUCAACCCAAUGAUGUUGGGCGAGCAGCCCUCCCCAUUCCUGGCACAACAAACACAUGCCUUCAUCCAACCGGCACCAUCCUACGAGAUCAAGUCGCCCUACAAGAACGUCAACAUUGUCUUCCAAUCACCACCCGCCAACAUCUUUGUCUCUCCCCAAGUCCCCAUCGACUCUGACUUUUAUCCAAUCUACACGCCAGACUUCUUCCCAGUGGAGAAGGUACCAUCUUAUGCACUUGGUUCUUUGGAAUGCGCAGAGGACUGCGCCACAAUCAAGAAGAAGGCAAGCACUCUGACUAAUGUGUUUGUGAACAAGUAUAGGAGCAAUGCCGUCGACGACAUAUUGCUCGAAUCGUUGUUUGAGUGCAAGGGCUUGGAGUUCUUGAACUUGAGCGACUGUACCAACUUCUCACUGGCCGUUUUUUGUCGCGUGAUUGGCCGUCUAAAGAACCUACGCAUGAUCAACCUGAGCAACUGCACACAGCUCACGGACGACGCCAUCAAGCAGGUGGCCAAGUCGUGCCCCAACCUCGAGGAGGUGCAUCUCAACAACUGCUACAUGCUCACUGAUCAGUCCAUCAUGCUGCUGGCCAAGAAGGCCAAGAGCCUCAAGGUACUCUCGCUGGCGUCGUGUGACCGUCUGACUGACCGCUCCCUCGACGAGAUUGCCAAGAACCUCAAGGUGCUCGAGUCACUGUGCAUCAACAGACUGGGCCUCAUCACGGACAAGGGCGCAUCGGAGCUCAAGCAACUGGCCUCGAUCAAGUCCUUCUACGCAUAUGGCGCACCACUCAGCGAUGGCAGCAUCAGUGAGCUGUCGAUCAAGUGGCACAAGCUGGAGACACUCAAUGUUGGCAAGUGCACAUUCGUCACCAAUCAGGCCAUCUCCACAUUGUCACUGCACUGCCCCAUGCUGCAACGCCUGUUCCUGCAGGGCUGCAUCAAGAUCUCCAACGAAGCAAUCAUCAUGAUCACGCAAAAGUGUCCAAGGAUCACCGUGCUGCGUCUGGACGGCUGUUUGAACGUUACGGACGACGCCAUCAUGGCGCUGGGCCAGCUUAAGUGUCUCCAGACCCUGAACCUGAGCAAGCUGUGUCGCUUCAACGAGCAGACCCUCGUCCAGAUCCUGCCCUCGCUCCAGAACCUCGAGCAGCUCUUCCUCUACCAGUGUCCACGUGUGUCUGAUGCCACCCUGCUGCAGGUUGGCGUUCUGUGCCCCAACCUCAAGGUGCUGCGCGUCGACCAGUCUAUCUUCCCCAGCGACGUCUCCAUCACGGCCCUGGCGCCCAAGUGCAAGUCGCUCAAGACUCUCAACCUGUCGUACCUGAUCGGCAUCCACGAGCAGUCGCUGGUAUCUGUCGCCACACAUCUCACUCUCCUGCAGAAGCUCUACCUGACUGGCUGCACCAACCUCUCGGACGACUCGCUCGUUGCCAUCAGCAAGAUCUCCACGCUCGAAGUGUUGCGCAUCGACAACAGCGCCAACUUUGGUGAGCGUGCCCUUUGCAGCCUGUCCAACCUGCACAACCUCAGCAUCCUCAACCUGUCAGGCUGUAACAACACCACGGACAAGGUGAUCGACCAGAUCAUUGUCAACUGCCACCACCUCUCGCAGCUCUAUCUCUCCAACCUACCAUGCAUCACCGAUCGCAUCCUGCCUCCACUGCUCGCCACCCUCCUCCGUCUGCGUCUUCUGCGCGUGGACGGCUGUAACAACAUCACCGAGCAGUCGUUGGUCGGCCUGCGCUUCAACGGCGUGCGCAGCCUUGAGAUAUUCAACUGCAGUGGCACAUUGAUUGGAGACGAAGGUCUCUUCUCGAUCGUUUCCCAGAGCUCCCUCCGUGAGCUCUACAUGUUUGGAUGCGAGAACGUGUCGGACAACGGCUUGAAGCGCAUUGAGAGCUUCCUGCCCCACCUCGAGGCACUGCGCGUCGACCGCUGCAAGAAGAUCACCGACAAGGGUCUCCGUCCAAUCCUGCUCCGCGCACCAAUGCUCCGUGUGCUCAACAUCUCGCACACCAAUCUCGGCGAUGAUACCCUGUCCAACGUCGCCUCCUACAACAAGAGCAUGAAGAAGCUGUACUGCGCUGGCUUGGACCGUCUGUCUGACCGCCACAUGGCCACAAUCACCUUGCAAUGCCCCCUGCUCAAGGUCAUCGACCUGUCCAAGUGCCCCAAGAUCACCGACACGUCCAUCAUCGAGGUGGCACUGAGGAGCAAGCACCUCAAGAAGGUGAACCUGUGCGGCAAUGCCAAGAUCACCAACACGUCCAUCAUCAAGAUGUCAGUUGGCUGCCCCAACCUCAAGGUGGUCAACCUGCAAGAGUGUGUCAAGGUGGGCGAGGUGGGCGUGCUGGCGCUGUCCACCUACUGUAAAUAUAUUACCGAUAUCAAUGUGUCGCUGUGCCCGCUCGUCACCGACCUGUCGAUCGUGGGCAUUGGCCGUGAGUGCCUCGGCCUCAAGUCGAUCCGUGCCAGUUCCACGGCCAUUGCCGACGCAGCCAUUAUCGAGGUGGCCGUGCGCUCCAACAUCAACCUUGAGGUGCUGGACAUCCAGAACACCAACGUAUCCGAUCAGGCCAUGAACAUGGUCGCUCAAAUGUGUCCAUCACUCCGCAAUCUCAACAUCCUCUCGACCAACACAUCUGCCAAGGCCAAGACCCUCUUGCAACAGAACUGUAGACUGUUGAAAGAGUUAAAGUCCGUUCAUUAA